GGUCCUACCUCGGAAAUCAUGCAGAUUGAUUUUGAGAUUGAAGACCUAACUGAGCUGCCUGAGACCCAGAUCAUCACAUGGCAGGUAGAAUACCCAGGAGAUACAACAUCUGACCUUGGCAUCUCCAAGAUCUAUGUAAGCCAGAAGGAUCUGGUAGGAGUUCUCCCUUUGGCUAUGGAAGCAGAGAUCCUGAACACAGCUAUUCUCACUGGGAAAACAGUGGCUGUCCCUGUCAAAGUGGUUUCUGUGGAAGAUGAUGGGACUGUGACUGAUCUUCUGGAAUCUGUGGAGUGCAGAUCAUCGGAUGAAGAUGUCAUUAAGGUUUCUGACAGAUGUGACUAUGUCUUUGUCAAUGGGAAGGAAAUGAAAGGCAAAGUGAACGUCGUAGUUAAUUUUACUUACCAGCAUCUGAGUGCCCCUUUAGAAAUGACAGUCUGGGUUCCUCGUCUCCCGCUGCAGAUAGAGGUCUCUGACACAGAACUAAAUCAGAUCAAGGGGUGGAGAGUCCCCAUCAUCUCUAAUAAGAGACCAGCCAGGGACAGUGAUGAUGAGGAAGAGGAUGAACGUAAGGGGAGAGGCUGUGCCCUUCAGUACCAGCACGCGAUGGUGCGAGUCCUCACGCAGUUUGUCGCUGAAGCCUCAGACCCUGGCAGCCAACUCAGCUAUUUGCUGGGGUCUGACUGGCAGAUUGACAUCACUGACCUGGUCAGAGACUUCAUGCAGGUGGAGGAGCCAAGAAUUGCCAAGCUGCAGGACGGCCAGAUUUUGAUUGGGCAGGAGCUUGGAAUGACGACAAUUCAGAUCCUGUCCCCCCUUUCAGACGCUAUCUUGGCUGAGAAGACAGUGACAGUUCUGGAUGAGAAGGUGACAAUAACUGACCUGGGAGUGCAGCUGGUGACUGGACUGUCACUCUCUCUGCAGCUCAGCCCAGGAAGCAACAAGGCCAUUUUUGCUACAGCAGUAGCACAAGAGUUGCUCCAGUCCCCAAAGCAGGAAGCAGCCAUCAGCUGCUGGAUCCAAUUCAGUGAUGGAUCUGUCAUGCCCCUGGAUAUUUAUGACUCCAAAGACUUCUCCUUGUCAGCUACAUCUCUGGAUGAGAAGGUGGUCUCCAUUCAGCAUGACCCCAAAUUCAAGUGGCCUGUGAUUGCUGCUGAGACAGAGGGUCAGGGGACCCUGGUGAAGGUAGAGAUGGUGAUCAGUGAAUCUUGCCAGAAAUCCAAAAGGAAGAGCAUCCUAGCUGUUGGAAGUGGAAGCAUUAAAGUCAAGUUUGGGCAGAGUGACUCCAACCCUAACAUCAGUGACAGCAAACACAGGGGUGUCCACCUAGACAACCAUGCCAGUGACCGGCGUCUGAAAAACACUCUGCAGGAAAGAGAUGGGCAGUACUACAGCUCCUCCAUGGGACACGAGCAGGGCAGAGGAACCACCACUCAAAGGUCUAUUCUGAGUAAAAAGGAAGACAGAGAAAGCCUCCUGGAUGAUGACAGCCAGAACAUGCCAAUAGACUUCACGAGCUUCCCCGCACAGGUGGAUCUGCCAAGAAACAACGGAGACUUGGAAGAGAAUGACCUGGUACAGUCACCUAGGGGACUCAGCGAUCUGGAGAUAGGAAUGUAUGCUCUCCUAGGAGUCUUCUGCCUGGCAAUCCUGGUCUUCCUUAUCAAUUGUGUCACUUUUGCUUUGAAGUACAGAAAUAAACAAGUUCCUUUUGAAGAGCAAGAAGGCAUGAGCCACUCUCAUGACUGGGUUGGGCUGAGCAACAGGACAGAACUUCUGGAGAAUCACAUAAAUUUCUCAUCCCAACAAGAUGAACAUAUCACAGCCAUUGACAGAGGAGUGGACUAUGAAGAGAGCAAAUAUCUCCUCAACACAAAUGCCACCAAAAAUAUUAAUGGACAAUCUUUCAGGUCUACUGAGUCCACAUUCACUGAAGGGAAAGAACAGAAAGGUGAACCAACUACUUCUCCUACCUCUAAGAGGAAACGGGUUAAAUUCACCACCUUUACCACCAUCUCCUCUGAUGAUGGGUGUCCAACUGUCAAUUCAAUCUUGAUGAGUAAUGAGGAUGACAUUAAAUGGGUCUGCCAGGAUAUGGACCUGGGGGAAUGCAAAGAACUUAAAAACUAUAUGGAGAGAUUACACGAAAAUGCAUAA